CAGAAAUCUAAUGAUCGAAUAUCGGAAGGAGCCUAUUGCGCUCCAUCCGACACAGUUAAUAGUACCUCCAGACUGUCUGUGUUCUCCUCCUGUACACUACUUUUGAAUGCUCGUCGUGCCAUCUGCAUCAGGCAAAAACAACGACCCAAGAACACUUCUUGAAACAAGGAUUUUUACUCUGACGAGUGACUUAACGAGCCGAUUAAUAUAGGCUUUUCAAAAUUGCGAGAGUGAGAUUCAACACCAUGAAGAUCUUCUGCAAUGACUACGAGAUUGUGACUUUGUCUGUUGUUGAGGUGCGACAGGUUGACGAGUUUUGGAUUUGUUUUUGAUUCCUUAGGUUGCCUGCGAUGAUAAGCAGGUUGUUCACGAAAGUAAGACGAGGCUGAUUUUCUUUGGCAAAAAUGACAAAGAGACUUCGAUGAUUCUGCUGAGGUUGUUGAGUGUCUUACCCAUACUGCGAUAGACGAGUUGUUUGUAAGCGUUAUUGAGAUCAAUACUCAGAGGUCUUCCUUCUUUCUGCCGAUUCUUCAAAAAUCAUCGAUCCAUGCUUGUUUCUAUAAUGGACUUAGUUAAAAUAUCAUGGCUAUGACAGGAUCAUGAGGCGCGGUGAGGUCUUUAUGUGGGCGUUAUUAAAUACGCAUUCCUAACUCCGGUUGGUAGCGCUCGCUCUGGAAUGUUCAUGUGUAGGAUUUGCACCACAAGAAAAAAUAUAAUGUUUCAACACUUUGAUCUCCGGCACUCUGCUGUAGCGCAGGCAGAGUGCUACUGCUAGUGCUACAGCACAAAUGUCUAGCUUUUUCAAGUUAAAUCAUGUUGCUAGAGAAUACAGAGCAAAGUCACAGUAUCAUUAACUAGACUGCUAAGCAUACCAGAAUUAGAAUCAGAUAAAUAGAACUCAUCGUCUCGCUCCAAACGAUCAACAAAAUGUUGCGCAAAUUCUUGCUCUGUUUUGGCAUGGCGCUUGCCCAAGUGAGUCAAAACAUCGGGCUCGAGCAACAGAUGGGGAUGCUGUUUCAGCAGAUUAUGGUACCCGGUGCUGACUACAAUUACUAGCUUGUUAUGAUCCAUGUUUUUGUAAUUUGUGGCAACACGACAUCAAUGAAUUUUUGACAUGCAGCAUGAACCGCAGAAGGAAACACUUUUAUUCAAGUGAAUAUUCUAAGCUUUUGAGUGAAAUAUAAAUAACCUACAUCUUCAGGUAUCUAUGGGCAAGUUUGAUGGUGUGAAACCAGCGUUGAUCCGAGUGCAGCAGCGCGUAUACAGCGAACCGCAGGUGGCUGCGGGUCUGGACGCGCGAAGCAGAGCUCUACUUGAUGGUGCGGAGACUGAAAAGAUGCACCUCGAAUUCUUGAGACUCCAGAAGGUGGCUCAAGACUACACACAAAGUCCUACCUUAAUGACGGAAGCGGGACGCGGCGAGCAGUAUCUACGAGAUUUGGACACCUAUGCGCGGAGCCUCGCGCAGCAUGUGGAUGAGGUAGCGCAGAGUGUCGCAAAACUGGACAAGAAUGCGCCAUCGGGUAAUAUGGCUUCUACGCCUGGCAUUCCUAGCAGUGGCGCGAGUGGUCCAGGCCAUGUGGGCGUUGGUAUCCCGAUUAAACUACCCGGACAGCUUGGUGGAGCAAACGCAGGUGCAUCUAAUGGGCAAGGACCAUCAGCUUCCGUGACUGGAGGUGCUCUGAGAGCAGGGAGUGGUCCAGGCCCACUGCCGCCAGCAGCUUCAACCCCCCCACCAAUCAGCGCUGGAGGAGGUGUUGGAAACAAUAUGCUCGGAAGGACUACGGCAGCACCAUUCCCAGCGGCCGAGGGCGUUGAUAGUGGUAGUUUGUUUCCGCGAGGAGGCGCACGACUAGCGGAGAAGCCAGACAUGAACAUGUGGAAAGCGCAGCAGAUGAUGGGAAAUUUGCCUGCAGGAGAUGCUCCUGCACCUGCAGGAGUUGCAGGACCGAUGGGCGCUGGGCCCAAUGGCGGUAAGGCCUCGAAAUUGGAUUUUCUUUUUUUGGAUUUGCAGAACGGGAUGAGCGAUUUCGAGCAACUGAAGCCUCUGUUCGCACAAGUGCAAAGCAAGCUCACGAGCUCUUCGGUUGCCUCGAAACUCUCCGUGGAUGACAAGCGGGUAUUGCAGGGCAUUGUGGCAGAGGAGUUGAACAUGCGGUUCUUGUCGAUUCAACAAACGGCAGACCGCGUGGAGCGAGAGAGGCAAGGCCGUUUCGCACCAGCCGAAGAGAAGCAGUUCGCGGACGAAGUGGAGAAGUUUAUCCAAGACAUGCGCGCCCACUCUGCACGCGUCCGGGAGCUCUUCUCUGGGGAUGUCCUCCGCAUGCGGGGUCAAGUGCCAGCGCCGUUGCCACGUGCAGACCCGAACGCGCAAGUCGACCCAAAUUCCAUCGAGAUGCGCAGGAUCGCGGUCCAUUUCUCCGAGAUACAAAGCAACAUGCAGAUCUUCGAACGAGAGUUAGCGCCAAGGUUCGCUUCGGUCACGCAAUCGAUACUGCAGAAGGCGCCGGAAGCCAGAGACCGGGACAUUCUCACAGGCGAAGCGAGUCAAAAACUGCACUUGCGGUUCGUCACCUUGCAAGCGCGACUGCACUCUUCCUACAAGGAAAAGGCGUACGAGCAGGAGGUGGCGCAGUUCGCAGCGGAUCUUAGCCGCCACGUGCAGGAGGCUCUGAAGCUGAUGAAGCAGCUCGGUGUCGAGAAGAGCGCAAUGCCUGCAAUUGGAGGCGGCGCCGCACCAGUAGGAGGAGCUCCAAUCGGAGGCACGCCGAUCGGCGGAGCACCAAUAGGUGGAGGAGGUGCAGCAGGUGUUGGAGGACCGCAACUCUCGUCGCAGCAACUAGGCGGUGGAUUGAGGUCUGUGCCACAAAACAAUAUGCCGACCCCGUCGAAUUUCGCAGGCGGCGGUGGCAGACCAAUGGAUCCAACAUCCAAAAAAAUUAACGACCUCUUCGAAAAAAUCGAAAAACACAUGAACUACUUCGAAACGAAAGUGAAGCCUCUCUUCAGAAACGUGCCCGCACCACAAGUAUUCGAUAAGAAUGCUCACUUGUUGCAUUUUCUUGGCAUUUUUAGCAAGAACAUCAACAUCAAGAUGCCUACUAUUGUUCUUUGAUUAAUACGUUACCAUGAUUAACUCAUGACCAUAAUCAUUUCCUGUUGCAAAAGCAUUCAUAUUCCAGGGAGAUUCCACCACCAAAAAUAACAGGUUCUGAUGUCAAAAUUCACCGAUAAAGCCGAAUUGAAAAUUGCUACUGGGCAAGCAUCUGAGGAUAUUCACAGGAGGUUUCUCUCCAUUCAGCAGCGCACACAAUCGCUGGAGAGGCAAGCUGGUCCUGCCAUCCAGGCGUUCAUUAUCGACUUACAGAAAUUUGAGCAGGAUUUGGCCGUACACGUGCCGCAGGCAGAAGAAGUGAUGAAGCGCGCAUCUCAGAUGUCCCAGGGUAGUACUGAAGCAUACAAAAAGCAAACGCCUACACUAUCAGAAGAAGAAAUGGAGGCAGAACUCAAGAAGGUCGAACAGGAUAUCAACGAAGCAGACCGACGAUUGCCAACAACACUGCGAAAUCUCAAAAAGAGAAUGAAGGACCAGGUAGAUGACCUAAACUAUGUAUUAGUUUUUCUACACUUCUUGAUACUAGCUGGAUCUAUCACGACUUUAUAGCUUUACUUAGCUGUAGUGCAAGAGGACGAAACAAAGGAAACUACCUAGAAUAGUCCAUAAUCAUACAUCUCCUGCUGCAGGCUCAUUACUCUGAAAAGUUUUCAUGUGUUUUUACUAUACUGAAUUGCUAUAUCUUAGUACUAUUGCUAAAGCUUUUCCUGUUCCAUCCACACAGAUCGGGCAGCUGUCGGAUCAGAGCGUAGUAAACAAGGAAGUCAACAAAAUGACGCAUAUGCUGGCAGCAAUAAAGAGUGCCGCGUUACAACUCUUGAAGCAAAUACGGAACGGCUUUGGAGGCAAGGGAGAUAUGAAAGCCAUGAGCGAACUUUUUUGGGGAGAUUUUGCAACAGAAUCGCAGAGGUACUAACUUGUUGAGUAUGAGUGCUUGAGUUAUUUGUAUUUUUUUGAAGAAUCAAUGCAUUGCAACGACUACUUGCUUCACAAAGAAAUAACAUCAUGUAGGAUACACAGAGGACGUGCAUGUUGUUCUUGAAGAUGCUUCUUUGUCUCUCUUCACACAUUCACGUAUUUCCAGGUUCCUUGCUACGAUUCGUGAUUUGCAGAAGGAGGAGAUGCAGACAGCGCGCGAGGAAAACAAAGGUGGUGAUAUGGCACAGAACAUCAACAUGCCAGGAAUGAAACUGACCGGUUCGAUUUUAGGAACCAGCGGCGUCACUCAACAGUCCUUGGAACAGAACAAAGCAUCAGAGAAAUCUUAUGUCUCUCGUGGUAUGGUCAACGGCGGCGCAGCUGCCGGCAUGAACAAUGACGCGGAGAACGCGAUGCUCAGCGGAGCUGCAGGGGUACAACUGCACUACUCAAUUAGAAUUACAUUUUCCACUUGCACUUGCUAGGGAGAUCUAGUAAUUAGAAUGGCAGCAGCCCUGGCUUUGGAUGAAUUCCUUUUCUAGCUUUUUAUUGUAUCCCGACAUUUCAAUUGCACAUAAAAACACAGGCAGCAAUGCAGCCAGGAAGUGGGGGUGCGGGACUCGGUGGUGUCGGUGGAUUGACGGGAUUAGCGAAAUUACCUAAACUUGAGUUGUGAUCCGGCAACUUCCUUGUGGUCUCUAAGUGUUAGUAGAGACCAAGAAUGGAUAAUAUAGAACUAUUUUUAGAAGCAUGUUGAUUUAGUACCUGUGACUAAGUACACAGGGAGAUAGUCAUUCAAUCAAAAGCGAAAAAAGAUUCAAAGAGGGGCUAGAUCCACAUUAACGUUGUGGACGGUGGACCGAGCCUCUCAGGGUGUCGCGAAGAGACACAAGGACCUCCUGCGCGGCAUAUUAGCUCAGAAGAUCCUCCGUUGUUUCUUAGUGCCAGAGUUGAAUCUCCGGAAUCGGAGUCGAUCUUCGAGAUAUAUGCUGUUUUUCUGAGGAACUUGACUCGAGCACCUCCGCAUGUGCAUGCCGUUUCUACCCUAGUUUAUUUCAUCAUGUUAAGUACCAGUACGACCAGGAAAUUAAAGUUUUAGGCUAGCAUCUAUGAUUACUAUUGUUCAUCAAGAACAAGAAAUCACGAGGUUGGCGUAGAUGAGGUUAAUUGCGUCAACCAAGAAUGCUAAAUUGUUUACUGAUUUUCAACAAGACAAUCAAAACAAAGAAAAAGAAGCAACAAGUAGGAAUGUCAUAUCAACAACUUUGCUGUUCUUCAUUAGAUUACCACGAACACGACAAAAGGCGCCAGAAUGUUGUGGAUGCAAGCAGACAAGCACAUUCACUGUCCACAAUGAUUAGUUCGUGCAGGUACUUGAUUCAAGGAGACGCCAAACAAGAAGAAGCUGCUGCUCACACUUGUUCUUACAAUUAUGUCAUAUGAAAUCUAAAGCCAGUACGGACACACUGCAU